UCUGGGGGAUUCCCCAGUUUGUCUUCAGAAAUAUCACUCUAGAAACAGCCACAGCUUCACUCUGCUCUCACAGCCUGUCCUGCAAAGAGGCACGCUGCUGCUGCUCYGURAGCUGAAGCAGUAAAAGCCAUGUCUUUGGGACUCCAUGCUCUKCUCAUCAUCCUGUGCAAUGUUUGGCGCUUGAUCCGUGGCWCUUCUGUGAUGAUCCCAGGCGUCGCUGUGAGGUGUGCUGAGGAAGCGGUGCUGCCCUGUAAAGUUCUUCAGGAAUCCUCCAUCUCCUACCAGACAGUGUCUUGGUAUAAAAUGGCUGGAGACAGCAAAGGAAUCACAUGGGAAGCCCUUGAUGUGGAAUCUCAUUAUCCACGGGAAGUUGGGGGGUCGCUGGAGCUCUCCAAUGACACCUCRUUUUCACUGAGGAUCAAAAAUGUGACCAGCCAGAAGAGCGGGACGUACAAGUGCACUUUGUGGGGGCAGAGUGGAGAGCACAAUCUGAGCAGCACAGUCACACUAAAAGUAACAGGUUGCCCUGGAACAGAAGAGGACAAACUCAAAAAAUACAAGAGUGAGCUCUUCAUGCUGACCUGCCUUGGGAUUUUUUACUUGCUGCUCAUCUUCUUUACCUGUACAUGUCUAAGAAAAGAGAGUAUGUCUCCCAAUUACCAAAAAAMCAGAUCAGAUAUGAAGCACAUGCUCACCCUCAUCAACGUACGUGAAAUGACAACUUUCCAGCAAUUAAACAGCGACAGCACUUGCAAAAAUGAGCUUACUGCAAGUUCUGUCUAAGCUGACAUUCAUGGUACUGUGGACUCAUCAGUAAAUAUCAGCUGGGUGGCUGAGUGGUAUGGAGAGGAAAUAAAUGAUAAUAUAUGGUCUCUUCAGAGCAGAACUUUCCACCUGAAAGCACAGAUGCCUUGUCAGUGAUCUGCUUGUGCUGGACAAACCUUCGACAAGCACUGUUAUGCACUACAAUAAUUUUUGAGAGUUAGUCAGCUAAGAAAUAUUUUUUACAGCUGCAAGUGUGACAAUGUUGUUAUGAAGCUGGUAUCAACUUUAUUUCACUCUGCUGUGAACCCCUCUUUUUCUGAGCAAGACCACACUUCUAGCACAAAGACUGAGUUACAGGGAGGCCAUGGCUGUGCAAAGCCAGCAGAUUAAGCUCUUCACUGCACUGAUAUCUGCCACCUUUGCAAAGCAAACACAACAGGUGCUGUGGCAUGAAAAGAUAAGUGUGCAGGGCUGUCUCUGCUCUGAGCCCGAUCCUGGAUGGAGUCCCUUUACUGCAAAUGUCGUUCAAGUGUGACAUUCACUGUGACGUUCAAGUAAACUGAAGAGGUAACUUCAUGCUCUUGUACUGAAAGCAACAUCCACUCUUAAAUCUUAGAGUGACAGGCUGAGAAAGCAGAAGAUGUUCUCAAAAACUUUCUGAAUGAACUUUUUAUCUCAGCAGGAGGAAUAGGGACAUAUUUCCCAGAUUAAUCCAUAGGAAUCUUCAACAAGACUGUUAAUCUUAAAUAAGAAUGAAGAGGCCUGUGAUAUUAAGGACAUUUAAGAUGACUUGUUUUGUGGUUUACAAAACAUGGAGCCAAAUGUAUUCAACACUUAUGUCAGUCAAGCUACAUGAGGGAAGACCAAAGCCAUGGCUUGGAAGAAAUCAACCAACCACAUCUUUGGGAUGAAUUAAGUUAGCUGAGAGAUGCAGGAAUGGAAGAUGGGGCAUAUGAGCACCUGCUUUUGGUAUUGGCAAUGUAGAUAUGUGAAACAAGGGCAUGAGAAAAGCUGAACUCAGGCACACAACAAAGGGCUGAGAAGAUCUGUCCUUUUGGCCCAAAGCACAAGGGAGAUCCUGAGUCUGAAUUCAGGGAACCUCCCUGUAUUGGAUUGCUAGUGCAGAAGGUGAAGGAAAAGGAGUCUGGGGUGACUGUGGGUGCUUGCUUAUGCCAUAAUGUCAAAAUCUGAACCCAAAUAUCAGAAUUUGCUACACUGAAGAACACAGUUUUAAACAAAUACUUCAAGAACUGACUGGCAUUAGGAUUUUUAAUGCAGUUUGGAAUUCCAGGCURUUGACAAAGAGAUCUUUCUGUAAUCCUUUGACUAAUUUUGAAGUGUUGAUGGGAAGAAAGCUGUACAUCACUUAGCACUGGCUCUGUGGGCAGGGUGGAUGUCUGCAUUGCUGGAGUCCAAGAGAUUCCUGACCAGAAUGACUUCUAGUUACAAGGGAUAUACAAAUGACUUAGAAUAUAGGGAAGUAAUGUCACAUUGCUUUUUUUGGUAAUGUUUACAUUUAAAUGUGUGUUGCAUAUUUGAAAUAAAAAUUCAGAGGUAACCUACAAUUUGGUUUUGUGUGCCACA